UCCAGGGCCAUCUUUACCUUCUCCGCUAGCCCCACCUCCCUUUCUGGCCUUUGAUUGGGUCCUUGGGAGCUUCCCCUGAAGGCAGAUUGGAGGGAUUUGGUCACAGAGACGAAACUUUUCAAAGAGGAAGGAAGUUGGGGGCUGUUUGCGCAGGAGUCCGGGACAGCGAUCGGGGGGACCCUUCCUGAACUCGCCCUCUCUCUUCCCCGUUGGGUCUCUGCAGACACCCUCGGAGUGGCAUGCAGGCUGAGCAGCCACAGCAAGAAGAGGGGGAGGAGGGGGAGGAAGAGGCCACGGGCGGGCCCGACCGUGCUUUUGGGAAGAGCCCCUUCCAGCUGACGGCCGAGGACGUCUAUGACAUCUCUUACAUCCUGGGACGGGAACUCCACAAAAUCAGCGGCGGGCCCCGCCUGGAGGUGCCCGCAAGGGUGGCCCGGCUGCAGUUCAAAGUCGUCAGCGUGCUGGAGAUGCUGGAAGCCCUGGUGAACGAGAACAACCUGGCCGUGGAGGCGCUGAAGAUGGAGAGAGACAGCCUGAGAAGGGAGGUGGAAGCGCUGAGGAGACAGCCGGGGGACGGCCGGGGGGGUGCCGAAGAGGUAAACCUCGGGCCAAACAAGAUGGUCAUAGAUCUCACGGAUGCAAACCGGCCCCGAUUCACGCUACAAGAACUACGGGAGGUGCUGCAAGAACGGAACCAGCUGAAGGCCCAGCUUCUGGUUGCACAAGAAGAGCUGCAGUGUUACAAGAGUGGCUUCAUCUCACAGAAACAGGAUCAGACUGAACCAGCCCAGAAGGAACCUUCCGGUCCUAGCACGGAAAGGGAGGAGAGAGCCAUUAUCAGGAAACUGUUUGCUUUUAAAAGGCCAAGAUGAGGCUCUGCCAAGUUAUGCCUUGAGGACUCUGGCUGGAUAGGAAGCCGAAAACUGAACGCCAAGAAAUCCACUAGAUGAAGGUCUUGUCAACUGUUGUUGUGGUCGCAGGAAGUUUGAAGAGUUGUGUUUACAACUUCAGCCGCAAACUUAGCAUCCUCUCGUUAGGAUUGCUCACUGAUGUAAAAAGCACGGCCACGUCUCUCGUCUUUGUCAGAAGUGCCAACUUUCUACUGGGAAUGCUUAUGUCUGCAGAGGGCAGAAUAAAUGCACAUACCUUUCUGUAGAGAAUAGUUUUCAAAA